AUGGCAGCUUGCCGUAGGGCUCUGAAAGAUCUCAAAGACAUCCGAGCGGGGCCACUGCCGAGAUAUCCCAUCAUCAAGGUGGACGACGCCAAUGUUCUAGAAUGGGAGGUCCUCUUGCAACCGACGAGUCCGCCCUUCAAUCAAGGUGCUUUCUGGGUGAGCCUGAAUUUCCCGCCCCAAUUUCCAUUCGUGGCGCCAAGAAUACGGUUUAAGACGAAAAUCUACCAUCCCAGUGUUGAUGAUGAAGGGAAAGUCUGUCUCAUGAUAAUCCUUCAAGAGAACUGGAAGCCAGCCACCAAAGUGUCCACGAUUCUUGAAGAAUUGGCGGACUCGAUCGAUAAAGUCUCUCCGGAACACGCUUUGAGGUCGGAACUCGUCCAGGAGUACCUCAAAGAAAGAACGAAGUUCGAUAAGAACGCUCUCGACCUCAUUCAAAAAUUCGCUGAGAAAAGGGUCUAG